UUUCGCAGCUGGCGGGCCCCGCCUUGGUCCUUCCGCGUGAGUGGGGAGAGCGUAAGGGGAGGCGAAAUGGGGGCGAGGGGGCGGAGGAAGAAGGCGGUGGUGCGGCCGCGGGCGGAGGAAGACGCCGACUACCUGCAGUGGAAGUCUCGUAUCCCGCUUAUCUACGACUGGUUCACCAAUCACAACCUGGCCUGGCCCUCGCUCUCCUGCCGGUGGGGUCAGCAAUUGGAACAAAAGACAUACAAGAACAAUCAACGUCUCUUCUUCUCUGAGCGGACGGAUGGGACUUAUCCAAACACUCUUGUUGUUGCAAAUUGUGAAGUUGUGAAACCAAGGGUUGCAACUGCAGAACAUAUAUCUAUGUUUGAUGAAGAGUCACAAUCUCCCUAUGUGAAAAGGAUAAAAACAAUUGUACACCCUGGUGAGGUUAAUAGAAUCAGAGAAUUUCCUCAGAAUAGUAGAAUUGUUGCAACACACACAGACAGUCCUGAAGUAUUUAUUUGGGAUGUUGAUGCACAGCCUGAUUGUGGUGAUAGACUUGGGGAUGCAGAAUGCCAGCCAGAUUUGAUAUUGAAAGGGCAUCAAAGUAAUGCAGAAUAUGCUCUUGCUAUGUGCAAUUCUGAACCUUUUGUACUUUCUGGAGGGAAGGACAAGUUAGUUGUUUUGUGGUGUAUAAAUGAUCAUGUAUCUUCUUUAUUAAAUUCUGCAUCGACUGCUUGCCUGGGAUUGUUGAAUGGAAGCCUUAACUAUAAUCACUCUAAGGGGGCUACAAAUUUGAAGGCAUCUUGCACUCCCACAGUUGCACCCAGAGCCAUGUUCCAUGGGCAUGUGGAUACUGUUGAAGAUGUUCAGUUCUGCCCUUUAAGUCCACAGGAAUUUUGUAGCGUUGGUGAUGAUUCUUGCCUAAUCCUGUGGGAUGCUCGUGUUGGGACCAAUCCCGCUCUUAAGGUUGAAAGGGCUCAUGAUGGUGACAUUAACUGUGUUGAUUGGAACCCUUUUGAUGUAAAUCUUCUCUUAACUGGGUCUGCAGACUCCUCUGUUAAAAUGUUUGAUCGGCGAUGUAUGACUACUGGAGGUAUCGGGUCAUCUGUGCAUACAUUUCAACAUCAUAGAGCUGCUGUUCUUUGUGUGCAGUGGUGUCCAGAUAAAUCAACAGUUUUUGGAAGUGCUGGAGAGGAUAAUUUCCUCAACAUUUGGGACCAUGCAAAGGUUGGUGCUAGUGAUGAAUAUUCUAGACCUCCAGGUUUAUUCUUUCAACAUGCUGGGCACAGGGAUAAAGUUGUGGAUUUCCAUUGGUGUGAAACUGAACCAUGGACAAUAGCCAGUGUUUCUGAUGACUGUGCCAGGGUCAAUGGUGGUGGGACUCUACAGUUGUGGCGCAUGAGUGAUUUUAUCUACAGGCCCAUGGAAGAAGUUUUGGCAGAGUUAGAGACUAUCAAAGAACAAAUCUGCUAUUCAACCGAGGCAUGAAUGUAUGAUUAUGUUCUUUUCAUUCCUUUUUCCCCCCGUUAUUCUCUGAGAACAUGAGGUAAAUAAUUUAGAUUUUAUGUUCUUAGGAAAUGAACCCUAAAUUGGCUUAGUAGAGGUAACUUUGAAUCAGUUCCACUCGAACCAAGUGUCAUGAUAAUCCAUUUACCAGGCAUUUAUGAUACAAAACUUUGGUUCCACA